GUCUGCCUUCUGCUUGGCUCCUGCGUUGCUUGGGGUACUGAGGGACACUGCUGAUGGCCACAGACGCAGCCCAGGGAGCUGGCCCGAGCCCUCCUGAUGAUGAAGACAGGGACCUGCAGGUUCUGUGGCAAGAACUCAGCCAGCUCCAGGCCAAGCAGAGGAAGCUGAGGAAACAGGUGGAGAAACACAAGCUUUUUGAAGAGUAUCUGCUGAAGGUCUCUGAGAAGAUCCCCAGAGGCUGCGGAGAUGUGGAGGAGCCCGAGGAGGCGAUGGUGGACACAAUGGUGGAGCACUACAGCAAGCUCUUCGCAGCCAGCGAGGACGCCCUGCGGCACCUGGAGGUCGACCGGAUGAAGGAGACCAUCCGCCAGAGCCUGGAGUCCCUGGUGGAGAACCACAGGGCUACAAGCCUCAAGAUUCGGUUGUCCCAGCUACAGAGUAAGUGUCUUCGCAAGCAGUGGCAGUGGAGGCAACUGGAGUUCAGUGACGCCUGCCAGAAAGACUCCAGUCUUGACACUUACCAACUGACCAUUGACAAGAUGGUUCAGCAGUGUAGCUCUGCAGCCAGCAGCAUGCUGGGCAGCAUGGACCUCUUUUCCAAGCUAGACGUGAUCAAGGAAUUUAUGUUGGACAAAAGAGAGACGAGAUUUCUCUCGCUGCCUCUGGAGCCCAGAGUGUGCUGGCAGCAGACAGUCCCAAGGCCAAGGAACGCAGAGGGCACCCCAGACACUUCAAGAAAUAUACAAAGUACCUAG